AUGGCCGCCGCGCCACCUGCUGGCGCUCCGGACAAUCAAUCGAAUACACCAACGCUGCAUGGUACCACCAGUCACGUUGAUCCUCCGGGUCCCACACCGCCCGUCGAUGGUCAGGCCGACGAAGCUAUAACAGCACCGGGGGUAGGCUCAACUAGGAGGCUCUCCAUCCCGUCGCCAAAAAUGUUGUUUGCCGACUUGUUUCAGUCAACCAAGUCGCCGCUCUCGCGGCUGCGGCUUCACCCCCACCCCACCCCUACCCCCGCCGACUACGACCCCGAUCUUGUGAGCAGGGAUAAGGCGAAGCAGAAGGAAGCCAUUAAACGCGUCUUAGCAGAGAAGGUCCGAGAUGAUUGGAAUUUCCAAUGGCCACCCCCAGCCGAGAAUGAAACUCGCGAGGUUGAUUUGGCCGUCGAGGGGUCUAACUCGGAAGACGACGACGCCUCAACCUAUAGCACUGUGUCGGAGGAUCCCACCCGCUUCCGCCCUCGGGUCGAAUGGCUGUCUGAUAUGCCCGAGGACGAGGACGAGGACGAUAAUACCGAGCCGGCGACGCCUUCGGCUUACCGCUUCGACACCCCGGAUGCCGUUGGCGCAUCUGUGAAGGCGAUAGCGCUCGCUAAGAGUGCGAAACGAAGGCGGGCGUUACGCGCUGAGAUGGAAUGGAACUCGGGGUUGGCUUGCUUUAGUGCUCGGCGCGACGCUUGGACGGGCGCUAGGGCGGCUCGCGUUCGUCCCAAGCGGACUUCGACGACUGCGUCCCCUACCGCGAGGCACCUCUCGUUUUGGCGCCAUUCAACUACGACGUCGGCGUCGUCGCCUACCGAAUCUGCAAGUAUGACGGCGCCGCUCAGUCCUACCGUGACGCGCGCGUCCGGAGAUACGACGGCCAUGUCCUCGUCAGAUGCCGAAUCUAAGGAAGCUAGACCAAAAGAGGAUCCAUCCUUUUACCCGGUGGAGAUGCUCGUCCCCGUACCUCAACCUCUACUACCCCCCGCUACCCCCAUGCGCACUUCCAUUACUUCAGCUGCGUAUCCUACCAUCUAUGACAAGAUCGUCGUGCAGUCUGCGACGUCCUCGUGUCCCAUUAACCUGGGCGACGUGACGCGCGCCUGCGUCGCAGGCUGGAAGCGGGACGGCGAAUGGCCUCCUCGACCUAUAGAGCCUCCCGUCGUGGCGGUCCGGAAGAAGAAGAACGGCGGUCUGGAAAGCAAGGCUCACACGGGUAGAAGGAUGAGCUUCGGUUUCCUCGGACGACGGCAGAGCGUAGGCGGAGAAGCUAGCAAUCUGGCAGAGAGCACGUCUCAUGCGGAAAAGGAUGACGCCGCUCACGCGUCGGGGAAAGCCUUCCGAAAGAGCAUACAGCGCGUCUUGGGGAUCGGACACGAACGCGCCGGAGGGGUCAACUGUACCACCCACGGGGACGUUGCCGGGUGA